AUGACUAACUCGUACCACAGCGGUGUUCUCGCCGAGUCGCUGAGUCGGUCGCGACACAAAUGGAUGGCCGAGGGUCUCUUCGAGAAGUACUGGACGAAGCCUGCACGGAAGAAGAACGCAACCGAGGACCCCAAGAACCCAGCCAAAGAUACCAUGAGCAAGAUUGGGCAGGUCACAAUCACGAUUGAGCCGCAUGUUUUCGAGGCUACCAUUACGGCCCUCCCAACGGAGCCAUGCCUCCUCCACCAACGCCCCCUCUCUCGCCAUGAACGAGUCAAAGCCGACGCCGCCAGCACCAAGUUCUGCUCCGCCAUCUCCUGCGCCUCAACAGAUGCUGUCGAGGCCACCCUCGGCGGCAGCGAACGAGCCGCCAAAGGUGCUACCCUCUCCACGGAGCCUGGAUCCCGUGCAGCCUGCCAGCGCAACACCCCCACCGAGGACAGUCGCCCCUUCACUGCCGACAGGUGUACCUGCGCCCGCUUCUGUCACUGCCCCGGGAACGCCCUCGAAUCCUGCAGUCCCGUCUGCCAUGGCGCCUUCAGCCCCCAACUCACGGCCAUCGAGCUCAACACCCCAGCCAGGGGCAGGAGCUGCGAAGCCUGCGCCAGCUGCAAAGCCGCAGGGCACUGA